GCAAGGCUUGUUGUCAGUCACCGAAACCGUGCCCCUCCCACCCCGUGUGACAGGUCUGGUGUAAAUAGCGCACGGCCCAGCUGGACUCUUGUUGCUCUUUUCUUGCCAAUUCAUUAGAGCUGGAAGCUGCUGGGAGUGGAUAAGAGUUGACACCAGCCUUUGGCACACGCUAUUGACAUUUAGUUUUGAAGGGAAGGGAGUGGACGGACUGUGUCCAUUGCACAGGCAACUCUUGUGGAGGGAACACUUGCACACAGCCUCUCUGUCACUAAUAAUACUCCCAAACUUCGAGUUUGUAUCCCUUUGUUGCAACAGCUUUUUCUUCACACAACCGGCGCGCAACAUUUGUUUUGUGACUCGGGGGUUGGUGAGCGCAAAGCAGUUGUGUGAGAAGCUCAGUCACCCGCCCGAGCUCUUCCUUGUCACACAGCCGGCUCUGCCGGUCCCUUCACUCUCCUUCUUCCGCCCUCAGGCUUUGUGUGGCUUUGUCGCUGCUGCUGCUGCUGCGGAAACUCGAGGCGAGAACUCAGGGUGCAUCAGCAGCAGCAGCAGCAGUGGCAGUUGCAGAACUGACAGUCACUUCCUGAGCCUCUGAUCUCAAAGGACUUUAGAGAAGAGAUCAGUGAUAACUAAGCCUUUGACUAUCAGACACCCGGGGGGCACAAGGAACUUACGUACAACUUGCUGCCAUUCAUACCCAGCGGCUUCCAUUGCUAACACCCUGCUGUUGUAAUGCUCAUUCCCGUAGACCCCUGCACCAGUAGGCGCUUCACUCCUCCAUCCACCUCCUUCCCCUGCGGAAAGAUGGGAGAGAACAACGGGGCAAUCAGCUCUUCUGCGCCGGGCCGGACGCGGCCAGAGAUCCGGACUGUGGUGGAUGUUUUGGCCGAUCACGCGGGGGAACUGGUCAGGACAGACAGUCCCAACUUCUUGUGCUCGGUUCUGCCGUCCCACUGGCGCUGCAACAAGACUCUGCCGGUCGCCUUCAAGGUUGUGGCUCUGGGAGAUGUUCCUGAUGGCACUGUAGUCACAGUCAUGGCAGGAAACGAUGAGAAUUAUUCGGCAGAGCUGAGGAAUGCCUCCGCUGUCAUGAAGAACCAAGUAGCCAGAUUUAAUGAUCUUAGAUUUGUUGGGAGAAGUGGAAGAGGGAAAAGUUUCACUUUGACAAUCACAGUUUUUACAAGUCCCACACAAGUUGCAACGUACCACAGAGCCAUUAAGGUGACUGUUGAUGGACCACGUGAACCAAGAAGGCACAGACAGAAACUUGAAGAGCAAUCAAAACCCUUUUCUGAUCGGUUUAGUGAUCUUCGGCAAACAUUUAGGGUCCAACCGAAUUCAAAUCCAAGGGCCACAUUAACCAAUACAAAUCCCUUCAGCACUCAGGCUCAGACCCAAAUACAAGGAACAGAUUUAAACCCUUUCGCAGAUCCCCGUCAGUUUGACCGUCAAUUCUCAGCUCUUCCUUCUCUCACAGAGUCCAGGUUUUCCGAUCCUCGUAUGCAUUAUCCCAGUGCCAUGUCAUCUGCAUUCUCCUACACUGCUUCUCCAUCGACAACUGGAAUUGGUGGCAUAAGCAUGACUGGAAUGCCAACUACCACUCGUUUCCAUCACACUUAUCUACCCCCUCCCUACCCUGGUUCAUCUCAAAACCAAAGUGGACCAUUCCAGACUAAUGCAUCCCCCUACCAUCUCUACUAUGGUACAUCAUCUGGCUCAUAUCAAUUUUCCAUGGUUGCAGGGGAGCGUUCUCCGUCUAGAAUGCUCUCCUCUUGCACUAGUGUUGCUGGGAAUAACCUAAUCAACCCCAAUAUGGCAAAUCAAAGUGAUGGAGUAGAUGCAGAUGGCAGCCAUAGCAAUUCUCCUACAGCCAUGAGCACUAGUGGAAGAAUGGAUGAGUCGGUCUGGAGACCCUAUUGAGAGACUUUGUACAAAUACAACCAUAUAAUUUUGCUCCUGUAGAAAGUCUUUCAGCAGCAUCUGUGUCAAGGAUGGAACUUUACAUAUUUUUAUCUCACAUGCAAUGGACAAACCAAAUAAUUAUGAACUAACGAGGACAUCAUAGGAACAAAAACCUCUUAUUUGCUAGAAGGAUCUCCACUUACCAGAAGCAUUAUCAUCUCAUGAUGUUACGCCUACUUUCUGCAAGAAGAGUUUUGAGUUUAAAAACACAUGACCACAUGCAGAUGAACUGAAAUUUGCUCUAGUUCCUCAUGUAUAUAUUUAUCAAGUCUUUUGUUUACAGCUCAAUGAUAUGCAUUGCUUCUGUUAUUAUAUUUGCAGAACAUCUCACAAGCCAAAGUGAGAACUUGCUGUUUUUAUUUUCCAAUUGACAGUUAAUGGUACAAUAUUUGCCAGUUGCAGUAAGUGCACUCUUUACUUAAAGACCAUUACUUAGAUAAUUUGAUUUCAGUGGAACCCCCGUGAUAUAUCUGUUUUAAUGUAUAAGUCCAGUGAAGGAUAACAAUCCUUUGUUUCCACUAAUGCUAUUUAAUUUAUCCAACUCAUUUUCCAUUUUUAAAUUUGAAUUUUGUGUGCCUACUUCUUGACAUAUACUGCACAGAAUGGCAAUGGUGAGCCAUGUUUUGAAAACAAUAACUGUUGCUCCAGCAUUAGUGAAUAUCAUAAGCUUGCUCACAAUGACUAGCAAGGGAUGGGCUUUCUUAGAAUAAUUCCAAGCUUUGAUAUCACAGUCAUAGCGUGUGACCUUCCCAAAUAAGUAUCUUCAGGUUUUUGAUAUUAUCUUUAUGUAAAUGUUAUAUUAAUGUACAUUGCAGUUUCCAACAGAUUUUACUUUAUUUUACAAUAUUCUGAAAGCAGAAAAUACUUCUAAGCAUUAUAACCCUAGAAUCCAAUUGAAAACUGUUUAAAUGGGCAAUCUACCACUCCUUUGCUAAGUAAUAUUGUACACAUUUUUACAGUAUCUGCUAUGUGGCCAACAUAUCUAGACCAGCAACCUAGAUAUGUGCAUGACUUUACGCUAUACAGCAUAAUAACAUGCACAGAGUUUGCAUGAAGUCUAGGAACCCAUAGCAAAUAAUCAGAUUCAAACAGGUGACCUGUAUAUUAAGUUGUUGUUGAUUAAUCGUGCAGAUGCAAAUGUUGCUCCUUCUGUUAGUUUACCACUAUUCACAUUUUUUGUUUUUUACAAAUAGUGGGUGAUACAGUUAUAAACAGUGUUUAAAUUAUUUUUGUUUGUUUUUUUAAGCUACUCUAGCAUGCAACUCAGAGAAAGAUGCCUUGCUGAUGCUGAACUGAAAUUAGCAGCAUCCCACAUCAACCAAUUGGGAGAUAGCUCAAUAGAUCAAUAGCUGCUACACUUAAGGUUGGACUUCCCCCUGUUUGCAGAACAGGACUUGUAUCUAAUAAAUGUGAUGGCAAACAUGAUACAGUUUAGGCAUGCCUUUGCUCUCUCAGGACAGGCUUUUUUUAUUGUAAGUGGCAUCUGUUCCACAAUGAGCUAGAAUGUUCUUAUUAAUCUCAUGUCAGUCUGAUUACUCCUAUUUACACCUAUGCUUUGUCUGUCUUUCACUCUUUAUAUUACUAUCAUCUAUCUAUAUUACUUGCUGUUAUCUCCCUGUCUAUGUUAUUAUGUAUCAUGCAUUCCUUGAUUCGUCUAUCCUUUUUGUCACUGUAAAUUUAUGGUACCAGCAAUCUAAACAUAAUAAUAUGAAAAAAUUAAUAUAUUGCUUUGAUAGAGUUUAUGGCUAAUUGAUUCUGUUUGUAAAAAAAAAAAAGUAUUUGCUUUGCACUAACUGUGCUUGUUCUCAGCAUAUCAGCAUAUUAUAUUUCUGGAAAUAAUUUGCAGGCUGACACAUUCAACGAAUUGCACUCGUGUGUUUGGAUGCAUUUGCUCUUGGUGCAGAAACAAAUGUAUUAAAUGCAGGGACAAUCAUGUAACUUAUUAAAGAAUCGUUGCUU